GUGGACCCCGGCUGCUAGCUGACCAGUUCGCAAUGCCUCAUUACUUAUUUCUAGAUUAAUUUUAUGAAUUUUUGGAAGAAGGUACAUGUGUCCCCCAUGUUUUGAUUCAUUAUUAUUCUUUAAGAAAUUAUACGUCUGGGAAUCUAUUUUUUUUUCCUCAUUGCUUUAUAUUUAACACUUCUCUCAACAUGCCAAAAUUGUAAUGAUUUACAAUAAAAAGAAAAUAUUAUCCCAUGCAAACACUGAUAUAUAAUUUCUUAUUCAGUUGAAUUAAUAAUUAGAAUAAAAAAGUUCUAAGGUUCACGUAUUGUCUGUUUUUUUAAAGCAACUUGUUUUUUUAUUCGGAUAGAAUGGUAUAUAUGAAGCCGGUCUUAUGAUGUCCGUCGUGCUAUGUCUGCUAGGAAAAGUAGUUGUUGGAAUUAGUGAUAUCCAAUGCCAAGUGGUGUUUUUCGAUUUGUCCUCCUUAAAAUCAUAAAACAUAGAGCCAUAUCUUUUUUUUUCCUCGAUUAAUUUCAUGAAAUUAUAUUUGUAAAUCAUUGUUAUACAUCAAAGAAUGGUUUAAGGUAGAUUUGAAGGCAGAAAUGGUAAAAAAUGCCCGGAUAAUGCAAAGUUCAACUAAUAUUAGGGCUCACUAAGGGAUUUCCUUACAACGAACAUAAUAUUAUGUUGGAUUAUAUUCUUUAAAAAACAUCCAUAUACUUAUGAUUUUCAUACUAAGCUGGAAAAUAAAUGUUUUAAAAAUUGGCGAAUCUUUAAAUGUGCAUGUACAUCAAAAAGUAAAAAAAUGUUGAACAAAUUUUAUUUGUUCAAAUAUAAAUCGAACUUCCGGUUAAGUCCCCAGAUUUUACAACGAGCCUCUUAACCAAUGCUGUUCUACACGAAGAAACGAAACUAGAAAGCGUUAUCCGAGUUUAAGUCACAUUUAUUAGCGAAACACUUAUCAAAACAAAAAAAAUUACAAGCAUUACUACUUGCUUGUUUACAAAACAACACGUUUAGAUCAUAUUAAAACAUAGAACAGCUACUUGGAAGUGUAGAUAAAUAGGACCAUGCGGCCAUACUAAAAUUCACAACACACAAUGGAAGAAUAUGACCCUGCCGACCCAACUGAGGAAGGAGGUCAUGGGGCCGCAGCAGCUGCAGCCUCUAAAGGUGAAGAAGACAGACAGACUGAGGACAGACCUGAAGGUCCAUCCAAAAGUGAGGCACCGGAAAAACCAGAAAUAAAUUUGGCAGAUUUUCCCACACAGUUUGGUAAACCUGCCAAGAAAAGAUCAGACAAGUCCUAUUUCCAUGAAGGUAUGGCAGAUUUACCGUCACGUUAUGAUGAUGAGGAGGAAGAAGGAAGUCGUAGAAGAUGGCGAAGAGAAGGAGACAGUGACGAUGAGAAAAGAUUUGAGGAAGAGUAUGAUAAUGACGUUGAUCGGAGGUAUGGUAGGGGACGAGGUAGAGGUGGAAGAUUUGGUAGACCUCCCAGACGGUUUGAAGAUGAGGAUGAAUUUGGAAGGGAUGGUCCACCACGUAUAGAGGAUAAUCCCUUUAGAAGAUUAGAACAGGAUGGUCCAGGUCGACCUCCUCCAGGUAUUCGAGACAGACCUCCACCAAGGGAUAGAUACAGUCGAGAUGAUGAUAGGCCACCAUACGAUGAUGACCCACGUUACGACCAUAGAAGAUUCAGAAGGUCACCGCCUCCUUUUGAUGACAGAGAUGACAGACAUCCUAGAUUCAGGAGAGAUGGCCCACCAUACGAUGGUCCUCCCUAUGAUGGCCCACCAUAUGACAGACCUCCUUAUGAUGAUGACAGAUAUGAUAGACCUCCAAGAUUUGGUCCCCCUAGAUAUGAAAGGGAUGGUCCACCAAUGUAUGACAGAGAUGGUCCGCCUCCGCCACAGUAUGAUGACGACAGGCAUCACUAUGAUAGAUUUCACUUUCAUAGAGAUAGACCACCACGCUAUGGACCGCCUCCUCGUCCAGAUUCUCCAGAUUUUGGGCCACCAAUGCAUCCUGGACCUCCUCCUCCAAGACCACGUGGAGGGUUGCUGCCAACACCUCCACCACCAUCUCAGCAACCAUCUGAACCUCAGUAUCCUCCACCACCGCCUGAACAUCCAGGCAUGCCUUUUCCUGGACCUGAAGGACCACCAAGAUUUGGACCUCCACCACCAGGGCCACCACCACCACCAAUGGGACCGCCUCCUUUUCAAGGACCACCAAUGCCAUUCCAAGGACCUCCAGGCUUUCCAGCUCCACCACAACACAUGCCGCCUGGUGGACCAAUGCCUGGCAUGCCACCUCCAGGACCUGAGAUGCCACCAAUGUCUGCUGAACAGCAAUAUUAUGGUCCGCCACCUCCUAUGAUGCCUCCACAGGGUGAUCCACAGUGGAACCAACAGAUGAUGGCACCACCAAUGCAAGGUAUGCCGCCACCUCCACCACCACAAUUUCCACCACCUCCACCACCAAUGGAUCCACAGAUGGCAUUUCCCCCCAUGGAUCCUCAGAUGAUGCAGCCACCAAUGAUGCCACCUCAGCCUCCAAUGUCACAGCCACAACAAUAUUAUGAACAAGCACCACCACCUCAGAUGAUGGUGUUCCCUCCUCCGCCACCUCCACCUGAACCAGUGGAGAUCCCGGAACCAAAACCAGAACUAAUUCCCAUACCUCCUCCCCCAGCGGAGGAGGAGCAUAAAUCAGAUGACAUGGAAAUAGACAACACAGAGAUGCCAGAUAUUCCAACAGUUCCAGAGAAACCUCCUGAAGAAGAAUAUAAAAUGAUGUACUCUGCUGAACCUACAGUCCCAGUAUCAAUCGAGGCUCCAGUCUCUUCUGCAACAAUAGUAUCAGCACCAGUGAGUUAUUCAGCUCCCCCAACAUAUUCAGCUGCUCCAGCUUUAGCCCCAGUUCAGAAGAUAUUUGAGCCACCAAAGUUUGCAGCAGCACCAACAAUGGCUGAUUCCAGGCCACCUCCACCACCUCCACCAAUGGUGGUGUUUCCAACUCAUAUUUAUAGUGCACCGCAACCAACACAGGUCUCAGAGGAGGAUAAGUCUGUAGCUCAGAAGGCUGCUGAAGAUCUUAUUAUGAUGACACAGCCAUCUCCACAACCGGUUACCAUGCCAAUUGUUCAUCCAGUUGUUCAACCAGAACCUGAACCAGUGGUUCAAGACCAACCAAGAGGUUUUGUACCAGUACCUACAGUUGAAUCAGAACCUGUUAAGGAACCAGUUUCAUUUCAAAAGGAGGAGCCAGAACCAGAGCCAAUGGAAAGGGAGGCAACUCCAGAAAAGCAGUCUGGUGACCCCAUCAAAACAACAGCUCAACAGUUAUUGGAAAGAAUUAAACAGAAACAACUGAAAGCCCAGGCUUCAUCAUUACAGGCAGGUGGAUCAAAUCCUUUAGUAAAGUCAGCUCGUAGAUUCUUUAAUCCUGUGGCAAUGGUGGCUGGAAGUAAAAUUCAGUUUGCCAUGGCUUCGGCUAAAAAGAAUGUCACCUCAGACAAUCCUUUGAAGAGCCAGGAGGAAGAUGCAGACAAAAAGAAAAAGGGGAAGGAAGGAAAGAAAGAAAUGUUCAGACCUGGUUUAGACGGAGAAGAAACUUUGUCCAGUAUCAUGCAGAAAUAUCAGCAGCAUCAGAAAUUUAUUGAGCAAAUAAAUAAAAACAAAGAAGGUGAUGCUGAAAGUAGUGAGGCACCAUCUGCAGAUGCAAUAAAUGUGAAUGGAACAUCUUCUGAGGUUAAAGUGCCAGAGGAAAUAGAAUCAACUGAUAAAGUAAACGAGGAACAAAUGGAAGAGGAUCCAGCUGACAGUAAAGCAAAGAGAUCUAGAUUUGCUGAUAUGACAGAGGAAGAAAGACUGUUUGUGAAAGAAAAAGAAAUUGAAGGAUCUGAAGAGACAGAGGAAAAGAAAAGAGAUGCUUCUCCUGAGAAAAAAAAAGAGGAUGAUAAAAGUUACAAGUCUAAAAGAUCACCAAGUCCUGAAGAAGAUGACUCCAAGUCAAGACGUCGUCGAAGUUCCCCCUCUCCAAGAGAUAAACAAAGGUCACGUUCACCAGAUCACUCUCGUGAUAGAAGGGAUAGAAGGUCUAGAUCUAGGUCACAUGAGGAUAGAUACUCAUCAAGGAAGUCCAGAAGGUCACCAAGCCCUAGAAGAAGAGAUUAUGAUGACAGACAGCGAUUUAGAUAUGGAGAUUUUAGAAGGGAAAAUGAUUUCAGAAGAGGUGAUAGAGGUGGCAGUCCAUAUGGAAGAGGUUCUAGAAAUCGUAGACAGGAUCUUAGUCCUAGGUCAGAUUACAGAUCAAGACAAAGGGAUAGGUCACCAAGUCCUAGGUCCAGAGGUUACAAAGGUCAGCAGAGUGAUAGGUCGUCAAGUCCUAGAUCUAAUUAUAGAAGAACAAAAGAACGAUCACCAAGUCCAAUGCAGACCAACUUAAAAUCUCAGCAAAGAGAAUACUCACCUAGUCCUAGACGUUCCAGUUUGAGAGAGAAAUCUCCUGAUGAGUCAGAUCAUAGAGAAAAGCACCGUGAUGCAUCACCAAAGACAGCUGAUUACAGAUCUAGCAAAACAAGGGAGGCAUCUCCUCCACAGAGGCAACCUGAAAAUCUGAUGUCUAGGCAGAGAGAUAGGUCUCCACCAGAAUACAGAUCCACUAAACAGAGAGACAGGACACCACCUAGCCCUGAAUACAGGUCUUCAAAACAACGUGAGCCAUCACCAAGUCCAAGACAGAUGGAGUACAGAAGUUCUAAACAGCAUGAUCUAUCACCAGACCUGAGAUCUGUCGAUUAUAGAUCAUCAAAACAAAAAGAACGGUCCCCCAGUCCAGAAGUGGCCAAACCAAAGCCAAGAGAAAGGUCUGUUAGUCCCAGGUCAUCAAGAUAUCCACAAAAGAGAAGGUCACCUAGUCCUAAGAUGGUAGAAAAGCCUAGAGCAAUUCCUAGUCCAAGGACCAGAGCAAGUCCUGAUGCAAGAAGAGCAAGUAGACCAGUCCAUGAAGAAAAACGAACUAGAAAAGAAUCAUCUUCAUCCUCAUCGUCUAGUUCUGAUUCCAGCUCAUCAGAUGAAUCUGAAAGUGAUAAGUCUUUAGAAACGCCAGAAGAUGAAAGAAUAAAGAAGGAAAAGCGUGAAAAGCUCUUGAUGGAACUGAAGAGUAUUGAAGAAAGUCUUGAAAAGCAAAGAACAAUGAAAAAGAAGGGGAAAGGUGGAAAGGAAAAUGUUAGAACGGAAGACAGAGAAAGAUCGGAAGACAGACAAAGUUAUAGGUCGUCCAGGUCCGAAGAAGAGCGAAAGCAAGAAAAUAGAUAUGACCCACGACAGAGAAGAGAAGAGGAAUCGCAUCCAAGGAUGCCACCAGAAAUGGUUGAAAGAGCAUAUGAAGAUAGAACUAAACAGGAAAUACCAGAUGUAUAUCUGAAAUCCAUUGAAAAAUAUCAAAAAGAGUUCAAAAGUCGUCAGAAUGAUGAACCCAGUAAAAUGAAUCAAAGGGAAGAAUAUGAACAACCUUAUAAACCAGAAGAAAAGGGGACAAGGGAAAGAAGAGAGAGAGAGGCCAGGUCUGAGUAUAGUGAACCUGAAUAUGAAGGGGAGAGAAGAAGCGCUUCUGUAAAACGAGGUAGUGGAGAUGAAAGAGGCAGGCAUGAAGAAAGGCGUUAUCUUGGUGAACCCCAAACAAUGUAUGAAGAUGAUAGAAAACGUGAGCAGGUAGACCCUAGAAUCAGGACGGAGAAACGAAGGCCUGAUCCCAGAAUAGAAAAGGAGGAAAGUUCUGAUGAAGAAGUAGUCAAACCGAAACAAGAACCUGUACGUGAUAGAAGGAGAGAUUCAGGGUCAAAAUAUUCUGACAGAAGUCCUGAUGACCCAAGAUAUGACGACAGGAGAGAAGUUCCAAAAGAAAAAUAUAAACCUGAACGGUCUGAAUCUAGAAGAUUUACUGAAAAACCCAGGGAAUUUGAAGGAAGCUUUGCUGAAAAAAAGAGGGAUCCAGCAUAUCAAGGAUAUGAGGAUUUUCCAGAUAAAACAAGAUCAGAAUAUGAAAGGCGACCACCGGCUGAAUAUGGUGAGAGGAGAUCUACAGAAUAUAGUGACAGGGGACCAGUUGAAUAUGAGGAAAGGAGACCGGUAGAUUAUGAAAACAGGAGACCUGAUUCAGGAUCUCGAUAUGAAGAAAAAUCAAAGACAAGAAAUGAAUAUAAUGAAGGAGAUAGAAAAAGAGAUUGGGUUGAACUACCAACAGAGUAUGAGGAAAGCCCAAGGAAAAAAGAAAGAUUGGAUCGUCCAUCUAGGACAAGUGAAUAUGAAAGUUAUGAAGGAUAUCACCCAGAGAGUCGUAGCACAUCAGAAAAAUCUUAUAAAAUAGACCCUGUUGAUGAACUUGAUUACUAUUUAAAUCGAAAACCUAAAGCAGCUCAAGGUCAGGUUGAGAAAAAUGGAAAAUGGCAGACAGAGCCAGAUCAAAGUCCACCUGACAUCAGACAAUCAUAUUAUUCACCAAUCCCAGUUGAAAAGGAAGAGGAGGACCGCUAUGACAAAAAAGCCAAAAAGAAAAAGAAGCACAGGUCAAGAUCCCCAGUGAGUCGUGACUCAAAGAAAAAAUCCAAAAGGUCCAAACGGUCUCCGUCUGAGGAGGAGAGUGAUGACCCAGGCAGGUAUAGAAGAUCAAACAGAUCACCUGUAGUUGAAGAGUUUGAACGUCGACGUUCACCAUCACCAAGGUAUAGACGAACAUCAUCACCUGAGGACCAACCAUACAAUAAUCGAGCUGAACGAUACUGGAGACCUCCUGAUCAUAAGCUUGAUGAGAUCCAUCAUUACACUGACAAGAAACAUAAAAGUGCCUCAAUGACCAAAGAUUUCCCAGAAUUACUUGAAAUCGAAAAGGCUACGAGGAAGUCGGACAACGCUAAUACAAAGGAGGAAAAGGAAAGAAAGUCCAGCUACGGUGAUAACAUUGAUAAAGAAAGGUUCACAGAAGCAGAUCCUCUUAGGAAAAGAGAACCAGAUGACCCCCCAGUUAGACCGAGUGAUACGUCACUAAUGGAGAGAACAACAGAAUCUAAAACAAUAGAUGCAUUUGAAAUCAGCACAGAUAAGACAAUAAGGAAACGUCCGAAAAUAAAACGCUUGCCGGUUCCUGAUACUCCACCAAGUGAUAAAUCAAAUCAUAGUGACUCACAAUCUGAAUCUUCAUACAUAAGUGAUGGUGAAAAGAGUGCAUAUAGUGAACAAAAAAUAGACCAAAAAUUAUCAGAUAGAAAAAUAACAAAGGAAAAGGUACCAGAGGAACCAUCAAUUCCACUAGAUCAAAGGACUGAAAAAUCUUCAAGUGUUAAGGCAAAGUCAGAAGAAAUAAAAACUGAUGAUACAGAUAAAAUUCAUGGACUUAGUAGUUUUAUGAACAUUUAUGAGGAUUCUGACGAUUCAAGAUCUUCAGCUAAAAAUAGCACAGAAAUCCGUGAUUCAAAGGAGAAAGUUUUCAAUACUUCGACUUCUUCAUUAAACAGUUCUAUCGUUGAUAUAAAAAUGAACUUAACUGAAAAUGAAAGUGCACAAUUGGGAUCUACUGCAAAGAAUGAAGCUACUGGCGGUGGCAUUGUAGACACUGAAGACUUGAGAAGAAGCAUCAUUGCUGAUUAUAGUGACUCGGAUGACAACACUAAUGCUAGUCUUAGAGAUAAUGUUACUGACAUAGACACAACCCAGAAUCUUGCUGAUCAUGAUUUUGUAAAUGUAGCAAGUAAGAUGGCAGAUGAAAAGAUAAAGACCACAAUUGAGUCAGAAACAAGGGAUAGAUUUGAACAAGUACAAGACUAUUCAGAAGUGUCUGCUGCAUCAAAUGUAGGACAGUCCUCUGAAAAGGAUGAUAACCAACAGGCUAUUGCGUCAAAAUCAGAUCCAAGUAAUGACGCCAUCAAGCUACAGUAUAAAAGAACCAGAUAUGGAAUAAGACUCAGGUCAAAGGAGUUAGAUAAUAAAGACAAAACUGAUGUAAAAUUUGACCACAAAGUGAAUGAAUCAACGGCAGUUAAAUACUCUGAUUCGGUAGAAGUUGGCACUCGUUCUUUUGAUGAAGUUACAUCAGAGACAAAUCAAAUGAGUAAACAAGAUGAUCGAAGGCUUGAAAGGUCACCUAGAAAAAAUGAGCAGAAAAGAUAUUUACCAGAAAGUGCAAGCCAGUCAUUAAGAACAGACACAACUAGGCCUGAAACUGAUGAGAGGGACAGGAGAGACACCAGUUAUUCAUCCGAAUCUGAUAAACGCAAAGAAAAGUCUGCACGACCUAGAUCUUAUGAAAGGUCAAGAAGAUGGAGUCACUCUCCUGAUGAUGAUAGAUACAGGAAAACAAGAAGGAAUGAGAGUCCGGAGGUUUCACCAGAAAGACAAAGUAGAAGAUCAAGGAGAAAGAAAAAAUCUAGUAGACACGAAUACUCACCAGACAGGCAUAUAUCUGAAAAAGGAGAUAGAAGAUCCCGAGAAAGAGAGCAAACUUAUCGAUCGUCAUUAGAGAGACAUUCAUUGGAUAGAGAGCAUUCAAAAAUCCAUACUGAUAAGAAAGAGACAGCUGAAUUGUCUCCUGCAAGGCGUACAAAGUUUGAAACUUCAAUAGAACUACAAAGUUCAGAGGAGAUAGAACCCAGUACUGAUGUUAACUUUAAAAAGGAGACAAGUCAGGUAAAAGAAGGAACAUAUGAUCCAGGAGGUGCAAGGAUAAUUGAUAAGCUGAAACAAACAUACAAGGACGAUACUGAGGAUAAAAUGUUAGAAACAAAGGAAAUGAAAAAAACACAGUCAACAAAAUUAUUGGAAGAAUCUCAACAGAGUGGAACAUCCAGAUGGUCUCUCAGAUCAAAAGCUUCAGAUUCACAAGAUGAUAGUCCAAGAUGCACAGCUAAGGAAGAUAGCCCCAAACCUUCAACAAUGACCGAACGGUCACGGAAGUCUGAAGAUGAUGAUGCUCAAAGGGAGGCGACAGAAGAAAAACAGGCUGCUAAAAGAAGAACAAGAUCAUCACGAUCCAGUGACGACCUUGUUGAUCAGAAAACACCAGAUAUUUCUAUUGAAAGACAGUUGUCUAAGCGUCAUAAAAAGUCUCGAAAAGGGGAUGAAAUAUCUAUAGAAAAUGAUCCAAAAUUAAAUAGUACAUUAUCUGUGGACUUGUCGAGCAUUGCAUUACCAGGAGAAGGUAUCAGAAUUAAGAUUUUUAGUGAAGCUUUAAGUCCUACUGGCAACAGGAAGAGUCCAAAAGCUAGUCCAAUCAAAAAGACUCAUGCUGAUUCACUGACAGAUUUGAAAUUGGAGGAGAUCGUUCUUCCCGGCGAAAUACUUCGACAGGAAAAAUCAAGUUAUAGUGAAAACUUGAAUGUCUCAUCAGAAGUGAAAAUAGCUGAAGAUGUGAAAGCCAGCACAGAAAUACAACAGGAAAGGCAAAACACAAUAAUGCCUGUACAACCACCCAGAAAAGAAUAUCCAAUCAGAUCACAGCAAAAAGGGGCCACACCACUGUUGCAAAUGCAACAGAAAACCGCUUUCUCUUUUCACUCAAAGAAAUUGCCAGAGGACAAACGUCCACUGGUUAAAUUUGGUUUACCAAAAUCCAGUAAUCCAAGUAAACUUUGGGAGGACGAGGAGGAUGUUGAUUUUACAGACAAACUUCUUGGUAAAAAAAUAGUGGAUGAACCUUGUGACACAUCAGCUCCUGAGGAGGCAACAACUGUGGAAAUUACACCUCCCCAGAUGCCAGAAGACAGAACCUCUCCUGAGAAAUCUGUUGAAAAACUGACAAUAGAAAAAGAAGAAAAGAAAGAAAAAUCUGUUACUCCUGAAAAAUCAGUUGUUAUGAAAGCAGAUGACAGCUUCAUCAAGAAAGCAGACGACAGCUUCACUAGGAAAGCAGACGACAGUUUCACCAAGAAAGCAAAUGACAGCUUCACUGGAAAAGCAGACGAUAGUUUCAUUAGCACCUCCAGUGAUGAUCCAGACAUUAGCUUCAAAACACCAAGUCUCGUCAUAAAGUCAAAACCUGUGGAGAGGAAGGUUGAUUCUCCUGAAAGAGCACUUUUGAUAGUUGGAGAAGCUCCUGAAACCCCUGUUAUAAGUCGAUGGAAUAAAACAGAGGAAAAAGACAAGGCAGUUGAAAAACCUGUGGAAUCUAUUGAUGCAACCACAACAAAAGUGCAGAUUAGUAGUGAUACAGGGAAGCAAGAGAAAUCUAGUAGAAGAUCGAAAAGUAGAUGGGAUCCACCUGUGGCUGAGCCAGUGGCCGUUGACCUGUAUGAUCCCUUACAACCAACAGCUGAUGAUUUGUAUGACCCGUUCAUGCCUACAGAUGAUGAAACUUUAGAGAAAUCAAAGUCUUUUAAGCCACAGGAAGAUGACCAGGUGACACAAAAUGUAGCAUCCAGUAGCAGCGUAGAUCUGUAUGAUCCUACACAACCUACAGAUUUGGAUGCUCAUGGUAAAAAAUCACUGGAAAUAACGGAAGUUAAGGUCACAAUGGCAAAUUCUGAAACAAAAGUACAGCAGGAAGAAGUUGCUGAAAAAAGUCAGGCUAGUGUUGAAAAGAAAUCGGAUGAUGAACAUUUGACACAUGAAUUGAAACAUGAAGUUAUAAUAGAAACACAACCCCGAACUGACAAAGUUCCUGAUGAACAGGAAUUGCAUCCAGAGAGUAGUAGUAUUCCUAGUAAAGAGAAGGCUGCACCAAACUCACUUGAGAGUCAUGAAACUGAACCGGCGUCACCAAAGCCAUUUACCAGUGAACUGAAAAUUGAAAAGACUCAUGAUUCACAGCGGGAAGAAGUUAAAGAGACUAGUUCUGAUUCAAUGCCAGUCCAAUCAUCAUCUGAUAUUGAUGGAAAACCUCUAGGAGAAGAUUCACUGGAAAUGACAGAGGCAGAAUAUAUUGCAAAACAAAUAUUAAAGAUGUCCAAAACAGCACAAAUGCCAAGGGUCGAGUCUGUUUCCAUGGUUACCAAAGUGUCAGAAAGUAAGAAUGAAAAUAAUGAGAAGUUAGAAAAGAAACUAGAAGAAACUGGAGGAAUGAUUGAAAUAGCACCAGAAGAUAUAAGUCCAACUACUGAAACAAAAUCUGUUUUGUUGACAAGUAAGCUGUUGCAGUUGCCAUCUGCUGAGAAAAUUGCUGAUAAGAAAUCACUAAAGAAAGAUUCUACUGAAGAAGGAGAAAUUCUAUCUGAAGCAGACGACAAGAGGGAUCUUGAUAUAGGCAUGGCUAUUGAAACUGUUGUAUAUGGAAAAGGUCAAAAGCAAGGUAAAAAGCUGGUUGAGGUUGUGAAAGUGAAAGAAGAACCAGACAAUUCUGAAGGUCAAGGACAGGUGAUUGAAAGUAUCAUUACCACUCGAGGGAAGCCAAAAAUUGAGCAUGUUAUUGCUGUAGCAAAAGGAAAAGAAGAAAAGGCAGAAAAGGCGGCCGUAUCUGAGGAUACAGAAGACAAAGUGAGGAAAGCACAAACUGAAGAAGCCCUUAAACUUCUUGAGCAGUUUAAAGGAAUUGACACUAAAAAUGAAGAGGCCCUCAAAAUGAUUGAAAAAUUCCGCAGUGUUGAUAAAGAACUCAAAACUUACAACUUAGAUAAGCCUCGGAGCAAGAAAGAAAGUUGGGAGCGAGAAUCUUACAAAGAACGAUACGAGGAAAGUAAAUACAGAGAAUCUAGCAAAUACAAAGAUAAAGAUUAUAAAGAUAAAGAUUAUGGUCGCUAUUCAAAAGACAAAGAUUAUGAAGAUCGUUAUUCAAAAGAAAGACAUGAUGACCGCUACAAAUCUUUUGACAAGCGGCGAGAUAAAUUCUGGGAUAAAAGAAGGAGAGACAGUUCAGAGAGAUUUGAAAAAUACGAAAGAAAACGACACAAAAAAGAAAGAUACCAUGAUCGAAGAGAUAGAAGCUAUAGUAGAAGUCACAGCAGGAGUCCAGACCGAAGCAAAAGUCGUAAUAGUCGAAGCAGAAGUAGAGAUCGUAGCAAAGAACAGUCUAGAAGACGUAGCAGGGAAAGAAGCAGAAGUCGAGAUAGAAGUAGAAGUCAAGAUAGAGGACGCAAAAGUAAGCGGAGUCGACGUGAUAAGCGAAGAUACAGCAGUGAUGAAAGUGAUGACUCAAUGUCUUCGUCCAGGUCUGCUAGAAAAGAGAAGGAGGCCUACCUUGAUUCUUCUAAAGGGGAGGUAGAUAAAUUGACUGAAGAAUGGAUUAGAAUGGCAACAGAAAAACCUAAGAAAACAAAAGGUCAGUCUUCAGCUGCUGUUUCUAGCACUGCUUCUACAUCAACUAUGUCAAGUACUACUGUCACUUCACAAUCAGGAACUGCUCCACCAUACUACCAAGCCACCACUGCUCAAACAGGUGCACCUCCACAAUAUUACCAAGAUGCUUAUGGAAACUAUUACCCUGUCACUUCUACAUCUCAAGGGUAUCCAGGUUAUCAAGGAAUGCCGCCACCACCUCAGCAAGGCCAUGAACAAAAUAUUCCAGGAAUGGUGCCACCUCAUCAAACAGCACUACCACAGGGUAUGCCACAACAGCCCAUUCCAGCUCCAGGUAUGCCACCUCCAGGAAUGACAGCACCAGGAAUUCAAGGGCAACCAAUGACAACUCCAGGAAUGCCCCCACAACAUACGGCAAUGUCACACAGCAUGCCACCCCCUGGACAUAUGAUGCCACCACAUGGUAUACCAGAGCAAGCUCCUGUAAUGUCACAGUAUCAGCAACCUAAUCCACAGAUGUAUGGACAACAGCAGGGUUAUGGACAAUCAGAGCAGUUAUAUGACCAGUCUAUGUAUGGUCAUCAACCUCAGCCAGGUCCUUUAGCCCAAUCAUCAGCAUCACAUCAAGGUCCAUUAGGAAAUCAACCUCCGAUAUUCCAGGCUGCUGGACUUCACCCAACAGGACCUCAACCAACUCCAUUACUUCAGCCACCGGGACUGUUACCAACACCCGCUGCACAAUUUGGACUUCAACCGGAAUAUUCCACACCAGGCCUAAUUCAACCGCAACACCCACCUUUGAUUGGACCAGCAAUUGUUCAGCCAGUAGCUUCUACAAAAUUACCAUUUGCUGGCAGUCUUCAAGGUACUAGGCUUCCAUUUCCUAUGCCUACUCAACAAAAUAUUCCUACAUUUAAACCAAUGGAACAAAAGCAGUCCCCUCUGCCUGCUUCUCCUUUAGAAGCUGGUCAAUCACCUAGUCAGCUGGCAAGGCCAAAGCAAAUGGCAGUGUUACAGCAGAAGUUACUAGUAACAGCUUCACCACAAGAUGUAAGUCUAUCCCCAAGUCAGCUGUCCAGGACAGAUUCUCCUGUAGUCACGUCCUCCUCUAAAGAUUACCAGUUACCUGAACUACCUUAUCAAGAGGCCAUUCAAGAGGAGAUAAAAGUAGAAGAAGUUAAACCAGCAGAAAUCAAACCACUGUCAAAACCGCAGAUGGCCAUGAAAGGAUUCAAAAUCAAACAGAAAGGCUUGUCACUUGUUAUGCCAACAGAAGAUGUCGUAAGUAGCUCAUUCCAGUCAGACACAGAAGAAAAAUCGAAGAAGUUGUCAGAAUUGUCAGAAACGGAGAAUGCUACACCUUCACCUGUGACAGAUUUACCAAAGCAUCCACCACCGUCAUCGAAAACGGGGCUGCCAAUCAAGUUGGGAAUGAAGCAAGACAAAAAGGAUGCAGAUUUGUCAUCACCUCCACCAUCUGCUUCACCACGUCCAGAAAAAGUGAAGUCUCGCUGGAGAAGGCUAAGUGAUUUUGAAACUCCAAUAACACAGAGCCCUGAUAGUAAUAUGACUGAUGUACCUGCCUCAUCUGGUUCCGAAGCUUCACCAAUGAAGGAACCAGGAACCAGUGAUGUUGCCCAGGUAAAGCAAGCUGUCUAUGAUGCUUGGGAUCCUGCAUCUGAUCUGAUCAUAACACCAGAAGCCAUGAAACCCCAGCCAACUUUCAAAGCAAAGAAAGAGACCACACAGAAACGGGACAAGAAGGAAAAAGCCAAAGACACAGACUCACCACUGAAAACUGAGAAAGUAAAAGAGACUGAUUCCCCAUUGAAAGUGAAGGAGACCAAGGAACCAGAAGAAGAGGCUGAUCCUAACCAACCACCUACAUUUGAAUUGCUUGAUGAGAACUUGUACCUCAGUGAAAAAAAGAAGAGCAAAAAAAUGAAGAGAAUGUUGUGUGAUUGUACAAUUACUGAUGAAGAAAAGAAAUGUAACGUUGAUGCCUGUGGAGAAGAUUGCCUGAAUCGUAUGUUGUAUAUAGAAUGUGGCAGCAGAUGUCAGUGUGGAGAUUUCUGUACCAACAAGAGGUUCCAAAAGAGACAAUUUGCAGACGUAGCAGCUUUCAGAACAGAUUGGAAAGGCUUUGGAUUAAAGACAAAUGCAGAAUUGCCACAUGGAGAUUUUGUUAUGGAAUAUGUUGGUGAAGUCUUGGACUACAAAACAUUCAAAUCAAGAACCAAGCAGUAUGCCAAGUCAGGAGAAAGUCAUUUCUACUUCAUGGCACUGAACGCAGAUGAGGUCAUUGAUGCAUCAUACAAAGGAAAUGUGUCACGCUUCAUUAAUCACAGUUGUGACCCUAACUGUGAAACACAAAAGUGGACAGUAAAUGGAGUGUUGCGUGUAGGUUUCUUCACAAAGAAAGAGAUUCCAGCAGGUACAGAACUGACCUUUGAUUACCAGUUUGAAACUUACGGUAAAGAAGCUCAAAAAUGUUUUUGUGGAACAGAAAAGUGCAGAGGAACGAUCGGCAUCAAUAAAUCAACUCCAUUAAAAACCAAGAAAAAGCCAGCAGAACAAGAAGAGGACAAGAAGGCUUCAGAAGAAUUAUUUCAAGAGGAAGAUAUUGAAGAGGAAUUGGAUUUGUUAUCAGAGCAAGGCUUACACAACAAGACAGAUGUAUUGAACUUGUGUCGUCUGAUGGUUAGGUCUGAGGAAACACAAUUUAGGAUCAAAAUUCUCAAAAUCAUACAGGAGUGUUCUGAUAGAAAUUGUUUGCGACUUUUCCUGGAUUACCAUGGAUUAGAAUUACUGUGGACUUGGAUGGCAGAUAAGACAGAGGAAUGUCAGGAACUCAAAGUUCAAAUAUUAACAAUUUUGAAGGACUUGCCAAUUAAUACAAAAAAUAUGCUUAAAGACAGUAAAAUAUUGUCCCUUGUUCAGAGAUGGGCUGGACGAGAAGAAGGGGAGGAGUUACAGCCCUGUCAAUCAGUGCCUCCGCCUCCUGUACCAAAGGAAAUGCCCAUUUCUAUUCUGGCAUCAAGCAAAGAGACAAGGCAACUGAAAAAGAGAGUUAGGUUUCCUGACGAAGCAUCAAGUGACGAUAAUGAAUCUAGGACAAGCACGAGUGACAAUUUCAGUGAAUACACAACCAAUGAGUUAUAUACAGACUUUGAAGGAAAGACAGGCGCUGGAAAUGACCAAGUGUCCGAGGCUGAAGCCGUGGAAGGUCAUCAGUCAUCUGACAUUGAUUCCACGAGUGAUGAUUCCAAAAGUCGAGAACAGCCUGUACAAUCACCUGCUGACUCCUCCACAUCUACAGGUGAUGUAGAAUCUGUAGCAGCAGAUAGCUCUUCUGCUUUGGAGGAAAUAAAAUACAUUGAACCUCGACCUGAUCCAAUGGAUGAGGUGGCAAUUCUUGCAGAUGAGUUACUUGUAAACUGGAGUGAUCUUAAGGAGUUGUUUAGAAUUCCAAAAAAACAACAAGUUGAGGAAAGAAAAAGACAUGAAAAGGAACUAGAUAAAUCAGAUGUUACUGUGAAAAAUGAAAAGAGGAUUGAACAGAUGGAGAGAGUUCAAGAUAGAUUUAGACAUUUAGCUGCCGGCUGGGAUACAAGAAAGAAAAAGAAGAGGCCCCCACCACCUCCUCCACCGGAGGAUGAUGAGUUUACAGAUAGGCCAAGAAAAGUUCUGUUACCAACACCACCAAAGAUUAGUAAGGAAGAAAGAAGACAAAUAUUUGAAGCCCAGGUCAAAGCACAGGAGGAAAUGGCAGAGAUAGAAAGACAGCAGCGAGAGGCUUAUCUACAACAGUUCUACUCUGAUCCAAACAAUUACAUGUACUAUGGACAAGAUCCCAAUUGUCCACUGCCGCAGGGAUUCCAGGUUCAACCAGGUGUUGAAGGAGGCAUGGAACAAUACAUAGACCCUAACACUGGUCAGGCCAUACCAUAUGAGGUCAUUCAGGCCUACAUUGCUCAACAGCAGGCAUUACAACAACCACAACAAGCUGGGUACACUGAUGAGGCAUUACAACAACAGUUGAUGAGUCAACAGGUACAAGAACAGAUGUUGGCACAACAGGCCUUGGCAGGAUAUGCACAGCCAACUCCAGAGAUGCUGUAUCAACAACCAGAACAAGCAUCAGGGGAAUCUCAAGCCUUUAUACAGCAGACAACUACUACAGACCAAAAAGUCUCUAUUGCAGAAAGAGUUCAACAGUUACAACAGCAGCUUGAGAUGCAGGGUCAGUUGGCAGGUAUGGGGACAUCUGAAGAAGAGGAUAUCCCUCCCCCACCAUCACCGCCUAAGUCCAAGGCCCCAAAACUACCACCCAACUGGAAAAGUGCCAAGGAUGCUGAGGGGAAAACGUAUUAUUACCAUACUACAACAAGACAAACUCAGUGGAGUCCCCCAGAUUGGGAGGAGGAUGACGAUAUGUCAGUUAUACAAGACGAUAUGGACUUUGAUACUCCUCCUGAUGAUAUCAAGUCUGGUAGGAAGAAAACAACUACUGCUGCUGCUGAUACCUCAACAGAAACGGCCAAAAAGAUCAAGGACCAGUUCAGACAAAAGAUGUCGUCUUACAUUGUUAUCUGUCUCAAUCCAUAUAGAAAACCAGACUGUAAAAGUGGCAGGAUUACAUCUACUGAUGAUUUCAAACAUUUAGCUAGAAAACUUACUCAUCAUGUGAUGUCAAAGGAAUUAAAACAUUGUCGUCAUGUGGAGGACUUAGAAGUAAACGAAAAUGUGAAAGCAAAAGCUAAAGACUAUGUCAAAAAGUACAUGGGAAAGUUUGGAAUGAUUUACAGGAAGUCGGCAUCACCUGACGAUUGAAGAGCAUCUUAAAGGGAGACAAUUUUUCUGUUGUGAUAUUUCAAUGGAUCCUUUACAAAUAAGGAAGUCUUGUGCUGUUGACUGUUCCUUGGAAGGGGAAUUCUUCAAAGGGAGAUAACUUUAUAUAGAAAGAGGGCAGACUGAACGUACUGUAAUACUAUUGCAUGGAAAUUUGAAUAAAUGUGGAAUUGAUUGAUAUAUGUGAACUGCAUAGCAAGUUCCUGUUGUAUAUUUGUGUAUUAUUUAGUUGUAUUAAUUGUUACAAUUUUUUUUUUUAAGUUUGAAUGAAUAUUGUGGAUAGAUUUUAUCAAGGAAACACAUUUAUUGUAUGGUGGGAAUUUAUUCUGGUGUGUGUGAUGUUUUCAACUGUAAUUAUAACUAUGGAUUUUAUUUGAAUUUAUUGGAAGAUGUUUUGUAUUUAAAGUGUCAAGUAUUAAAUCCGGUGAAGUAAAAGACUUGACAUUCACUAAUAGCUACAAAGGGUGAAAGUUGUGUUAAAAUUUCUUCCGAAUUCGUCAUAAAAUACAUCAUCGUGGAAUAUUUAUGGAAAAUUCAUGCUGAUUCUUUUAAACAUUUAAAAGUAUCAAAUGUUUUUUAAAAGUUCAUAUAUCAUGUUUUGGACUUACAUAAGCAUCAUCUCCUUUUAAACUGGAAUUCGAAGCAGAAAUUAAAAUUCAUUUUAGAUUUUAAAAAUUUGUUACUUUGACUAUCAAAGAAUAUUAAUUAGAAUGAAAUGGCAUGCCAUGAUUUUUACAAGUGGAAAUUUUGAAAACAUACUUGUAUAUUAGAAAUGAAUUUGUGCCAAGUCAAUAUUCUAAGUUUAUUUUUUAAUCGUGAGUAUUUUUAAGUUUUACAGCAUCCUUGACUGAAGCUUCUUAUUGGAAAAAAGUAGUUUGUGUUGUCUGAUUAAAAAACAUUUAUACAAAAACAGUAAUCAGUGGCUAGGCAUUAACAAAGUAUUUUAUAGCAGACAUUUUGCAUUAAAAAUCAACAUUAUUUAAAUAUUCUGUUGGGUUUUCUUUGAUUCUGCAAACAUUAUCACUUCAUCCAAGAUGUUUGAGUUUUAUCAUGUUCUUUCUUUAUGUUCAAAGAAAGUUCUCAUUCAAUGAAUAUUUCUUGAAAAGCUGUCAAUAGUUUUAUCUGUCAGAUGUGGUAGUGGUUUGGGUUUGUAAACAUCUUCGUACAGUUCCAAGGUAUUUAGUGCUAUUUGUAUUAUUUUGUAUUGUUUCAUAAUAGAUGUUUUUAUACAUUUGCUUUUAAUCUGUAUCAUGUUGAAAAUGAAUCCAAUGUUCAUGGUCCAUUUUAAUACAUUCACAUCCAUUCGAUUGUAGAAUUAUCCUUGUAGAUAAAUAAUCAGAUUUUCUUAUCUAAUUAAUAUACAUGUACAAGUUGGACAGUUUGACUGAUGUACUUGGAUUUUAAUAAAUUCACAUCCAUUGGAUUGUAGACUUAUCCUUGUAGUUAGAUAAUCAAAUUUUCUUGUCUUAUUAAUAUACAAGCUUGGACAGUUCAACUGAUAUACUUGUGACCUGGUAGGUUUUACACCAUAUUUUAAAAAAAAUUGCAUUGAAAGUUUAUUAACUGAUUACCGCUCAGGGACGUCUUGUACUUUUAUUUUUCUGUCAAGGCUCAAUUUCAUUUGGCUUA